CAUAUUGAUCUUGCCCACCGGAAUGUUAUAGAAGUCGAUCCAGGGCAGUAAACCCCUCGAAGAAUUUUCUUGUGUCGAAGUAUUUCGAGUCUUACUUAAUCUGUACUUCAUGCAGAAAGGGAAGAUAAAAUCUGGUUGAAUAACAUACACUGUAAAUCAUUAAAUGGAAUUUAAAACUGAACUUUUAAAAUUGUGUUGGCGUUAUAUUGUUUGUUAUGUGAGAACACCACUUACAUUUUCUAUAUAGAACAAAAAAAAGAAAAAGAAUCAAAGACCGACUUGAAGACAUUUUAACGAUCGCAACUCUACAAACCAAUGGCAACUACAAGACGAAGGAAAUAACAACUCCUAACAGAAAACAAAAACAAAGCAACGAGAAGAUACAAUUAUCGGCACCAUUAACUGUUGAAGGUAGUUAUAAAAAACUGAAAAUGAUUCACGAAGAAACGAACUUGAGAAUAAAUCAAAAAAGAAAUAAAACUUCAAUAACUUUUUCAUGGGAUAUUCAUCCAGUGUCAAACAAACAAAUUAUAUCGAUAAAUAAUAAAGGAGGAAUUAAUCAGAAUCAGAUUUCAAGAAAUAAAUCUUUACAAUUUUUAAUGGGUUUGCAAGCUAAAUCAUGUACUGACAUUAGGCUUCCCCCGUUGGAAGGUACGAAAAUUAAUAAAUUAAACCCACCUAAUCGCUUGCCAUUCAAAGGUCAUGACGUCACAGAAAAUACUUGGGACAUCCGGAAUCUCGAGAACGACAGAAAUCGAUUGAUCAAUCACUCGACACUGAAAGGAGGCUAUAUAAACAAACAGUCUACCUGUAUUGAAUCAUUUAAACCUAAAACUCAGGUGAAGCAACAACUAUCAUCACAACUUAAUCGACAUUUAAAGGAACCUACUUUGAUAUCAAAAUUGUAUAAUAGCAUGUCUUCUCUACGACUUGAUAACCGACACGACAUGGCUGCAAACGAUCAUGUAAGACAUCACAUUAAGAGACAACAACAGUGGAUACGAAGUGACCAAGUGAAAAAUUGGAGCAGAUCUCCAUUAAAUCGCGUGAAGAAACAAACUUAUCCAAACAGUACGUCGUCCGGACAAAAGUCGGAUGUGAUAAGUGGAAAUUCCGACGAGUCUUUGCACACAGCAUCCUCCUCGUCGGAGCAACACAAUGUUAUUGACUAUGAAUAUGAUGAAGAGAGAAAAGAAGCUAUUGAAAAAUGUAUGAAAUGGAUGAAUGACUUGCCUACAAAGUUUUCAGGACUUCAUAUAUUAGAUCCAGCAAAAUCUUGAACUCGGUAUAUUUCUCCAAAGGAAAUGAGCGGCAUUUUUAACCAAAAAAAUGCAUUUGUAUUUUGAAGUGCAAUUUUGAAAUAUACUCGAGACUUCCGAAGAUUUUUUCAGUGGAACUGGACUGGUUCUAGUUCCAUGAACCGUGUUCAUAAGACAGUUGGUGCUUUACAAAAGGACUGGGCUAAGCAAUGCUGAGUGCUACGCAGAUUUUAGAACAGCAAAUUUUACAGACGCAACAAACAGUUCUUCGCAAGAAACUGUGAAAGAACUGUAGUGUUACUGUUAGAACUAGAACAACACUCGUAUAGACAUUCAUAAUUAUAGAAGCAAGAAUACGGGACAUUUCUCCAGUGGAGGAAUAUAAGUGCCAAUAUUUCAGUGUGCCAAAUGUAUUUCGUCGUAUCGACUUUUUAUGUCUAUCUUGUGUGUUUGUGGACUUGUUUACCAGAAUCAUAGAAACCUGACCGUGAUUGCAACUUUAGAAUCACAAACAAUUAAAACGAAUUUAAUGUUUCCUGAUUUUCAAUAUACUAGCUGACUUUAAAAACAUUACUUCGUAGUGAUAAUAUGGAUAUAUGCAUUUCCGUUCAUACAGUCUUUCAAACAUUGCAAAUUUGUUAUUUUAAUGGAUUUCUUUUCAAUCUGGUAUGUCGUCUUUUUUGUUUAUUGACUAUUGUAGUUUUUGGAAGCAAAGAAUUAUCCCCCUUUUUAUUCAUACAGCUUGUUUUAUUUUCGAAUGAGAAAAAAAGUUGAAAACUUCUUUGGAUUUGAAAAAAAAAAAUGUUGACCAGAAAAUAGCCCAAAAAGUUAAUGUUAAUCUAUUUGUUUUCUUCAAAAGAAUAUGUUUUCUAAGUUUGUCCUUCUUUUGUUUACAUAUCAUAUUAAUGUGUACUAAUAUAUUUAUGGGAUUUAUUUAUUAUUUUGUUAUCGUAUUUUUCUGUGAUCAAUAACUGUGAUAUUUUUGUUUUCAUUUUCAUACAAUUUUUGUUACUGUAAUUCAACCACAUUUACAUGUAAUUUCCAUUUUCCGUCCAUUUGAUAAGAUCUGAUUUAUAUGUAUAUCUGUGAUAAAAAGAUCUUUUAAUUCUUGCAAUUGAAUAGUGUAUGUGUCAUUGAAAUUAGGUAAUGCUCUAUUUAAUACAAGCUGUUAAAUAUUGUAUGCAUAAUUUGACUGUGUAAUUCUGGAUGAGUGGCAUUUAUAUAUUAUCUAUUUAUUGUUACAAAUGUACGAAUGAAGUUGAAUAUUAAAUUAUUAAAGGAAUACAACUGA